ACCAUUCCCCACACCAUUUCUUGACUCAAAAAUGGGGACAACCAAAACCCUACAAACUUGUUUUCUUUUAUGGGUAUUUGCUGCUGGUUUCUGUGCUGCUUCUUCAAGCUUUCAAGAUGAGAAAAACAUCUACUUUUACUAUACUCCAUACUCAGAUGCUUCUCCUCCUCCCGUUGUUUCUUACCAAAAUCCACCUCCUGCUUAUUCAGAUGCUCCACCAACUGUUUCUUAUCAAAAUCCACCGCCUGCUCAUGCAAAUGAUCCACCAGUUGUUUCUUACCAAAAUCCACCACCAGCUCGUGCAAAUGAUCCACCCGCAGUUUCAAAUCCACCGCCAGCUCAUGCAAAUAAUCCUCCCCCAGUUUCAUAUCAAAAUCCACCGCCGGAUCAAUCAAACAACCCACCGUCAGGCGGAGGCAAUACACCACCUCACCAUCACCAGCAUCACCACCACCACCAUGAACACAAACCACCAACUAAUUGUGGAACACCACCACCACCAUCACCAUCACCACCAUCACCAUCACCACCACCAUCACCAUCACCAUCGCCACCACCAUCAUCACCAUCACCACCACCACCACCAUCAUCUAGUGCCUAUGGUGACCCCACUCCACCACCUCCCAGCGGUGGCAAUUCCCCUAGUGGCACUCCUCCACCACAAUCUGGAUACCACUACUACCCUCCACCUUCUACCACCACCCCACCACCCUCUGGAUAUUAUUAUCCUCCACCUUCUACAACCACCCCACCGUCCACUCCUCCUACUGACCCUCCGUCCACCACUCCUUACUACAUCACCCCACCGCCACACCCCAAGCACACCACUCCACCGCCACACCCCAAGCGCACCACUCCACCGUCUCACCCCAGAUCACCCACCACCCCACGGUCUACCCCUCCUCCGCCUGGUGACGUGUUCGGAUCACCUCCGUUUUUCCCAAAUAUACCAUUCUUUGGUGGCACAUGCGAUUUCUGGAGGACACACCCAAACUUGAUCCCAGAUCUAUGCAACUGGUGGCGUAGCACAUUCGGCCCACUCUUGGGGCUAGGCAGCAUUCCCGGGUUCGGCUCAGACAUGAGCUUUCAGAACGCACUUUCAAACACCAGAACCGAUGGCAUUGGUGCACUUUACCGUGAAGGAACCGCUUCUUUGCUCAACUCUAUGGUAAACCCGAACUUCCCGUUCGCAACCAACGAUGUGGUAGAAAGUUUCGUGGCUGCACUAGUCUCGAAUCAGGCGGCAGCGGCCCAAGCUCACCUUUUCAAGCUAGCCAAUGAGGGUCAACUCCAGCCAAGAGUGUAGUUACCAACUGCAUUGAUCUUUGUCUAUUUCAUAUAAACUUUUAUUUAUUGUUUGUAGUGGGAUAUUUUUGAUAAUUAGCCGCUACGAUAUAUGAUGUUCUGCACCAUGUAUGUUUACAUGGAUUAUCAGAAGUUUUGGAUAAAAUGAUGAAUUUAUGA